CAGAUCAUCCAUAGCGGCCACUUCAUGGUGUCGUCGCCGCACCGCGAGCACCCACCCAAGAAGGGCUACGACUUCGACACGGUCAACAAGCAGACAUGCCAGACCUACAGCUUCGGCAAGACCAGCUCCUGCCACUUGUCCAUCGACGCCUCGCUCACCAAGCUCUUCGAGUGCAUGUCCCUGGCCUACAGUGGGAAGCUGGUGUCUCCGAAGUGGAAGAAUUUCAAAGGCCUGAAGCUCCAGUGGCGGGACAAGAUCCGGCUCAAUAACGCCAUCUGGCGGGCGUGGUACAUGCAGUAUUUGGAGAAACGCAAGAACCCCGUGUGCCACUUUGUCACUCCCCUUGACGGCUCGGUGGAUGUCGAUGAGCAUCGCCGACCAGAGGCCAUCAGCACUGAAGGGAAGUACUGGAAAAGCCGCAUUGAGAUCGUCAUCAGAGAAUAUCACAAGUGGAGAACCUACUUCAAGAAGAGGCUACAGCAGCACAAGGAUGAGGACCUGUCCAGCCUCGCCCAGCAGUAUGAGGACAUGCUCUAUUGGCACAAGCACGGCGAUGGCUGGAAGAGCCCGGUCCCCAUGGAGGAGGAGCCCCUGCUGGACACAGACAUGCUCAUGUCCGAGUUCAGCGACACCCUCUUCUCCACGCUCUCUUCACACCAGCCGGCUGCCUGGCCCAACCCCCGGGAGAUAGCGCACCUGGGGAACGCGGACAUGAUCCAGCCGGGGCUGAUGCCGCUGCAGCCCAACCUGGACUUCAUGGACACCUUCGAGCCCUUCCCAGACCUCUUUUCAUCCAGCCGCUCCAUCUUUGGCUCCUUGCUGCCCGCCCCUGGCCCACCCCCGGCCCCUGAUCCCAGCAGCCCCCCAGCCCAGGAAGACAUCCUGCCCACACCUGCCCUCCCCACUGUGAGCCUCACAGACAGCUUCCCUGCAUCCCCAGCCGCCGCCUCGCUGGGCCCCUCAGAGCAGCAGAGCGGUGACCUCAGGCCCCCCACGGGGAGCCCCUUCGUCCAGCCCGCAGACUUUGGCCCCUCAGAGCCCCCGCUGAAUGUUUCACAGCCCUACCUCCCUGUCUUCACCAUGCCCCUCCUCUCUCCUAGUCCUGCCCCGCCAGCCUCCCCAGGGUUGCCCCUGGGUCCUCCUCCCACCACUGUGCUGAGCCCCCCAGCACCCUCCACCUUCCUGCACACACAGAAGUUUGGAGCCAGCAAGCCCCUCUCUGUUAUCACCCACACGGCCUCUGCCACUCUCACCCACGACGCCUCUGCCACCACCUUCAGCCAGAGCCAAGGCCUGGUGAUCACCACCUGCCCCCCCAGCCCCGCUGCCUCCCCCUGUGGCCUGGCGUUGCCGCCUGUCAUCCGGCCCCCAGAGGCUGGCACGCCCCAACCACGCUUGACUUUCGUGUCCCCUAAACCUAUAUCCUUGACUGGGGGGAGGCCCAAGCAGCCCCCCAAAAUAGUGCCUGCUCCCAAACCGGAGCCCGUGUCCUUGGUGUUGAAGAGCGCCUGCAUCACCCCAGCGGCCUUUCCAGGUCAGCCACAAGCCAUGAUCAUGACGUCGGGCCCCCUGAAGAGGGAAGGGAUGCUGGCCUCCAGCGUGUCCCAGUCCAGUGUGGUCAUCGCACCUGCUGCCAUUGCCAGGGCUCCCGGAGUCAGGGAGUUCCGAAGUGGCAUCUUGGUGGCAGAGCUUGGCCACACCCCGGGCAGCCAGCCGUCUGGGCUCUUCUCCCCAAGCGCCAUGCCAGACACCCUUUCGAAGGGCGAACAGGGCCUCCUACAUGGGGGGGGCACCCCGCUCUCCACCGCAGGUCCCAGCCGUGAUGGCCCCAGCUCCGGGCAGGCCUCUCCGUGUACCUCUGAACAGAGCCCCAGCCCCCAGUCUCCCCAGAACAGCUGCUCAGGGAACUCGGCAGACCCCAAAAACGUGGUGUUAAAGACCCGGCAAAUGAAGCACAUCUCCGCCGAGCAGAAGAGGCGCUUCAACAUCAAGAUUGGGUUCAACACCCUCAACAGCAUGAUCUCCAACAGCUCCAAGCUGACCAGCCAUGCCAUCACCCUGCAGAAGACAGUGGAGUACAUCACCAAGCUGCAGCAGGAGCGGGCCCAGCUGCAGGAGGAGGCCCGGCAGCUGCGAGAGGAGGUCGAGGCCCUCAACGCCACCAUCAUCUCCUGCCAGCAGCUGCUUCCUGCCACAGGGGUCCCUGUCACCCGGCGCCAGUUUGAUCACAUGAGAGACAUGUUUGAGGAGUAUGUGAAGAGCCGGACGCUGCAGAAUUGGAAGUUCUGGAUCUUCAGCAGCAUCCUGCAGCCACUCUUUGAGUCCUUCAAGGGCAUGGUGUCCACCAGCAGCCCAGAGGAGCUGCACCGCACCGCGCUCUCCUGGCUCGACCAGCGCUGCUCGCUGCCCGUACUCCGGCCCAUGGUGCUGACCACCCUCCGCCACCUGAGCACCACCACCUCCGUCCUGACAGACCCGGCCCGGCUGCCCGAGCAGGCAUCGAAGGCCGUCACCACACUCAGCAAGAGGGCAGGCGAGGCCUAGUGCUCAGUUGGCACGCGCUGCCUGAGAUGCCCGGGGGAGGGGCUGUGCCCCCAGCUCUACCUGACACAGAGCCUCAGGACCCCUUCUGCUCUGACGGUCUCCUAGGCCGUCCUGCAGCAGGUGUGGUCCGGCCGACAGCCACGUUCCAGCUCAGGGCCCUUUGCUGUGAACUCUCACCAGUCCCCUCUGCCCUCAGGGAGCCCAGACAGGGACAGGCCUGCCCCCUCCAGCCCUGCCCCGACGCUGCUGCUCUCCCCCUGCCCGGUGGAGGCUCAGUUCUCGAGGGCUUCCUGCCCGUCUCUGGUCCGGCUCAGCUGCCAUCAGAGGCUGGACCUUGUCACUAGAUCUGGACUUGGCUUGGGCGUGGUGGGCUGCUAGGGCGUGCCUUCGUCAGAGCCCUGGGCAGAGAGCACUCAGGCGGGCAUGCUGCCCUCACCAGGAUACCUGGGUGCUGGGCCUGCUGGCGGGGUCUCGUUCCUCCAGCCCCCUCGGCAGAGCUGGGGGAGCCCCCGCACCCUCUCAGGGCCACCUCGUGGACAGCUCUCCGCUCCACACUGCUCUCCCUCGGCCUGCAGCUGAGGACGCCCCCUCUCGCUUCUGCCACUAUGCAGCUGGACCAAAGAUAUCACCAUCCACCUGUGUUGUGUGAAGUGAGAAAUGUAACCUGGACAGGCAGCACUCUGAGGAGCCAACUUCUCUCAGGAUCGCAUGUCAGACUCAGACGUCGCCAACAGAGCUACUCCAUGCAGACCCUGGCUGAGGACACUGCAGGGACUGUCCCACCAUCCUCUCUGCGCAGAAGGGCACCUCUCUGGAAGCGCUCUGGGCAGCAGCCUGCACCUGCCACCGCCGAGGCCAGUCCAUCUGGUGUUGCCUGAGCAGGGGUCUGCUCCCGGCAGGCUGCCUCAAGUUCAGAGGGUCCGAGUCCUGCCCCCCCC